AAUAAUAAUAAUGAUAAUGAUAAUGAUAAUGAUAAUGACGAUGACGAUGAAAAUUAUGGUGAUGAUGAUGAUGGUGAUAUUACAUGGGAAGAUUUAGGGGUCGGCCCAGUGGACCGCGGCCAACCCACUUAUUACUAAGUAAUGAUCCGGGAAAGAUGGGAAGCAAUUUCUUUUAAUUUGUAGUAGCGAAAUACACUUUCCCCACAUAGAAAUGUUAGUGUGUUAAAGGAUUCCGACCAAUCAUAAGAGUUGCAAAACAACAGCCAAGAAAAGGUAACAAAUUUACAUGUUCCUUACAUAUGAUUUCGGUGUCACUUAGACUCAGUCAAGUUUUUGUUUUAAGGAAGUCGGUUAGAAAACAAAGGAAUAAUAUACAUGCUCCUUUGCAAAGGUUUCGUACAAUUUGCUGUUUAAGCCAAUGUUAGAAGUAUAGUAGAGGUAAUAGUUAGCUCCUUCUUACCUGGACCGUUACUUAAAUAACUGUCAACAAAAUCUAUAUAGCUUGUACAGACUCGUCCCCUGUCGCCUCUUAUUAUUUGCAGGCGGUCACGAGCGGUAAUGAAACGGUCGCAACAGACCAUUUCCCCCCGCGCGAAUCUUCCACGCGCUUCUCUCUUCAAUAUUUAAUUACAAAAGAGACGACUGGUGACGAGUCAGUAGCUUGCAAGUGUCCCGGGCGCUGCGUUCUGAAUUUUCAACAUGCUUAUGCCAAUACUAAUGCUAUUGCUAUUCCUAAUCCUAAUGCUAAUGUGAAUGCUAACGCUGAUGCUAAUGCUAAAGCUAAUGCUAAAGCUAAUGCUAAAGCUAAUGCUAAAGCUAAUGCUAAAGCUAAUGCUAAUGCUAAUGCUAAUGCUAAUGCAGAAGCUAAUGCUAAUGCUAAAGCUAAUGCUAAAGCUAAUGCUAAUGCUAAUGCUAAUGCUAAUGAUAAUGAUAAUGCUAAUGCUAAUGCUAAUAAUAAUGAUGAUGAUCAUGCUAAUGAAAACGCUAAUGCUAAUGCUAAUUAUAAUGGUAAUGAUAAAAAUAAUGAUAAUGAUAAUGCUAGUGAUAAUUAUAAUGAUAAUGAUAAUAAUAAUAGUAAUGAUAAUGAUAAUGAUGAUGAUGAUGAUGAUGAUGAUGAUGAUGACGAUGACGAUGACGAUGAUGAUAAUGAUAAUGAUGAU